UUAUUAUUCCGUUGACGAGGGGGGGAUAAAGCCUGCUCCCGCUUUCCAUUCAACUCAACGUCGCUAUUAAUAAUGACCGCUUCGAACGCAACUUUGCGAGCAGUUGGAUUACUUUAGCUUUUCUCCCCCCCCAUGUGGCACUCGACCGACGAGAGGGGCAGAGUCACUUCUUCGCCCGCGAGGACAACGAUGACCGGAGGAAACUGAGGUACUCAUACCGCUUCCCCCCCUUUUGCUGUGCGGUGGCUGUGAUGCCAAGUUCUUGGCCCGUGCGGUUGCUGCUCAGUAGGAGGACCAGCAGCUCAAAAAGGUCGUGACCCUGCUUUGGACGGAUGUCAACCGGCUCUGAGAUUUGCAUGGGUCGUUCUCAUCAACCAAGGAUCUCCCGCUGCAGACCGAACAAGCGUCUCGACUCCAGCAGGGCUCCAGCUGUCCUCGGCCUGCCUGUGGUCUGAGGGGACUCGCAUCAAAGCUCUGCCUUCCUGGUUUUGGUUCAUCACUGUGGUCCAUUAAAACUGAGCCUCCAUCAACUCUGCACAUGGAGGACUAUGACGUUCGCUCUGCCGCCAGCAUCCUGGCCUCGGUGAAGGAGCAGGAGGAGCGUUUUGAGCAGCUAACCCGAGCCCUAGAGGAGGAGCGCCGCAACGUCACCCUGCAGCUCGAGCGGGCCAAUCUGCCACCCAACCCCGCCAUCAGUCAGCCACUGGCAUGGCAGCAAGUGGUGAUGCAGGAGCAGAGCCCCAGUAACGCCACGUCCCUGGCUAUGAUGCAGGAGCCGCAGGAGGUGGUGGAGGAGACGGUCACCAUAGAGGAGGACCCCGGCACCCCCACGUCUCACGUCUCGGUGGUCACCUCCGACGACGGAACCACGCGGCGCACAGAGACCAAGGAAAUGCCAACCAAUGUGAAGGUGACUAAGAUGGUGAAGACGGUGACCACCAGAACAGUUCGGCAGGUCCCCCUGGGCCCAGACGGCCUACCUCUGCCUGAAGGCUCAUCCCCUCUGAGCAGCUACACCGAUUCCAUCGACCGACGAUACAUGAAGAACGGAGGCGAACGCUUCAUCACACCCCAAGCAACCUCUACCCUGACCCGCGCCUACAACAACUCCUACAAUGACUCGUACGUGGAGACGCCGGAGAGUCAGUACAUCCGUCAUUACGGCCUCCACGACGGCUACGCGGAUUUGAUGGACAACUACGGUAGCCUGUCGCGUGGCGUCAACUUCCGGCCGCCGCGCUACCCCUACAUGCCCAACAGCUAUCGUCCAGAGAACAGCUACACUCUGCCAAUUAGAAAGGACGACUAUGGCCAUGUGGCGCAGCCCCAGGUGCCCAUGGGGAGCAGCACAGUGGAUCUGAACCGCUCGCAACCUGAGCGAUUCCAUCCUGAGCCUUACGGUUUGGAGGACGAUCGUCGAAGCUUGGGGCCCGAAGAAGAGGAGCCGUACGAGUUGGAACCCGACUACUCCACUGCCAACCGCCGAACCCUUCCGGGGACGAACCGGGGCCGCACUCACAGGGAACCUCUCCGUGAUGUGCACAGGGUCAGAGAUGACCCCAUUGAGGCAGAGCUGAUUGAUGAGCGCCACCCUUACAUCCAUGGUAUGUAUUCAGCACCACUUGCUCAGCCCGAGAGAGGAAGCAUGGCCAGUCUGGACCGAAUGGCCGGCCGGCGUUCACCUUCCAUCGACAGCAUUCGCAAGGACCCCCGCUGGCGGGACCCCGAUCUCCCCGAGGUCAUCGCCAUGCUGGGUCACCCCAUCGACCCGGUGAAGUCCAACGCCGCCGCCUACCUGCAGCACCUCUGCUACGAGAACGACAAAAUUAAGAAGGACGUCCGCCAGCUGAAAGGGAUUCCCGUUCUGGUCAGCCUUUUGGAUCACCCCAAGUCCGAAGUGCAUCGCAAAGCCUGCGGCGCACUUCGGAACAUCUCCUACGGCAAGGACAAUGAAAACAAGGUGGCCAUCAAGAACUGUGAUGGUAUUCCGGCCCUCAUCCGGCUGCUGAGGAAGACCAAUGACAUGGAGGUUCGAGAACUCAUCACUGGUACCCUUUGGAAUCUGUCGUCCUACGAGCCCCUGAAGAUGGUGAUCAUCAACCACGGGCUGCAGACCAUGACCAACGAGGUCAUAAUCCCUCACUCGGGGUGGGAGCACGAGCCCAACGAGGACUCCAAGCCCCGGGACGCAGAGUGGACCACCGUCUUCAAGAACACGUCCGGCUGCCUCCGAAACGUGAGCUCAGACGGGGCAGAGGCUCGGCGCAGACUGAGGGAAUGCGAAGGCCUGGUGGACGCUCUGCUGCAUGCGCUGCAGUCUGCCGUUGGGAAGAAAGACAUGGACAACAAGUCCGUGGAGAACUGCGUUUGCAUCAUGAGGAACCUCUCCUAUCACGUGCACAAAGAGGUGCCCGGCGCCGAGAGAUUCCAGGACCCGUCGGCCCUGCAGGCCCCCGGAUCCGCAGGGCCACAGAGGAAAAAGAAGGAUGAUGCUGGCUGCUUCGGGGGAAAGAAGGCCAAAGAGGAAUGGUUUAAUCAAGGCAGAAAGAAUGGUGAAAAUGACAAAAACUACGACACUUUGGAUCUACCUAAACGUACAGAGCCUUCCAAAGGCUUCGAGCUGCUGUACCAGCCCGAAGUGGUGAGGCUCUACCUUUCUCUGCUGACGGAGAGCCAGAACUACAAUACCCUGGAGGCGGCUGCAGGGGCUCUGCAGAACCUCAGCGCUGGACAGUGGACUUGGUCCAACUACAUCCGAGCCACAGUGCGGAAGGAGAAAGGUCUCCCCAUCCUGGUGGAGCUGCUGCGCUCCGACUCUGACAAGGUGGUCCGAGCUGUGGCCAUCGCCCUGCGCAACCUUUCCAUCGACCGGCGCAACAAGGAUCUGAUAGGAAGUUACGCCAUGCGGGACCUUGUCAGCAACCUGCCCAGCGGCCAGCAGCGACCAGCCAAGAACCUGGAGGAGGACACCGUGGUCGCCAUCCUCAACACGAUUCACGAGAUUGUGACGGACAGCUCGGAAAACGCUCGCUCCCUCAUCCAGGCCCAGGCCAUCGAGAAGCUGGUCGCCAUCAACAGGACCAGCCAAUCGGCUCGCGAAACAAAGGCAGCGUUGCACGUCCUGCAGACGGUGUGGAGCUACAAGGAGCUGAGAAACACUUUGACUAAGGACGGUUGGAACAAGAGCCACUUCCAGCCCACUGUGACGGCCACACCUAAAGCUACCAAGAACGGUAAACCAGGUUAUGAUGACACCACUCUGCCACUGAUGGAGAAGAACCAAGACGGCUACUCCACCAUUGACCAGAGGGACAAGGACUGCAAAUACAAAACAGACGACGGGUCGGUGGACCUGACAGAACGGGAACCAUUAAAGAAUGACACAAAUAGGAAACACUAUAUCAGGAGUAACAGGCCUGCGGUCAGUCUGGUGGACGCUUGUGAUGUUAAACCUCAGCCUGUUGACUCCUGGGUCUAAGUGCAUGCAUGGCUUAAGACAUCCCCAGCUACAAGAGGAUCUCUCAUAUCACCACUGCCAUUUCACAGGAGCUCAUUUUUGGAGAGGGACUGUACAGAGAAGAGGAUUUCAAAAAGAAUAUGGCCAUAACAGAGACUACCCAGUAGCAGUCCAGUUUUUCAGAAGAAGAAAAAAAAGAAGAUAUAUAUAUAUAUAAAAGAGUAAUGACACUUCCUACUUGGUCAUAUCUACAUUCCUCGACAUCAUAUGAAUUUUCCAGUGCGGACUCUUGCUCCGAGAGUAAAUUUGACGGAGGCCGGCGGGGUGUGACGAAAAGAAGAGGAAGAGUGAAGCGAAACAGAGGGAAAAGGAACGUGUGAUGAAAGGCUACGGGAGAAGGACGCUCCUUUUUUGUCUUUACGGUGUGGUGCAGGGAGUUUUGGAGAACAUGGAUCUGUUGUACGUCGUUGUGGUCAGAGUUGGGGAAAGAGAGCAGAGAGAAACAAAAGGAAAUAACCGAGCCUGAGAGGAGCCACAGCAUUGUAGAGGGAAAGAGUAAAGAGUUUGUCCUCAUGAACUAAAAAAACAGAAACAAAAUCCAUCUGGGUUCACUGUGUUUUUUUUUUUGUUUGUUUGUUUUGUUUUUUUAUACAAAAACACAAGGACAAACAAAAAAACAGAACUGCUUUUGCUUCAGAAUUGUGUGUCAGGUGAUCAGUAGUCAAGAACCUGGAAGUUGGGAUCUGCGGAGAAAACAUGUGACAUUCUGACCAAGACUGGAGUUUUUCAUCCCUCACACAGAAAGCUCAAACGGUUCCGAAACCAAAUCGGAGGAGGGUCUCUCUCCUCCGUCCCGUGCGAGCCUCACCGGCUUCGCUCACGCGGCCGCCAUUUCUCGUGUGACACUCUCAGGUUGUGCAGCGGCGCGGCGAGGCGCGGCGAGUUUCCCGGCCGCUCGCUGUUCGUCAGUGUUGUGCAUCGAAGAGGAUUCAAGGCAUUAUGUUUAUAAAUGGAUCUGUGUUUCUGAGGAGAAGCAGACUGUAAAGAAAAAGAAAAGUAAUGAUAAAUAACAAUAAUGAGGAUUCGUCUAAAAUCAUUUAUGUUGGAUUUUAUAUAAAUGUAUAUUAGAAUCAGAUAAAAAAAAACAAAAAAAGGAAAAAUUGUGAUUAAAAAAAAAAAAAUCAGAUUUCUUACCUGUAUAUUAAUAUCACAUUGUUUGGAAAGCACAUUUCAUUUGAUGAAGGCCCACUGUUGUUUGUAAACGAGAAAUAACUCUUACAUAACUUAAACGUGUGUCAAAGCAUCGUCGAGUCACACCGGCGAUCACCUAUUUAUAUUUUGUAUUUGUGGGAAAAGGGUUACAGGAAGGAAAAUGAAUCUGGAUCUGUGUUCCGUGGCAGCUCCUGUGUCUUCAAAACAGGAACAAGAGAUGAUUUUUAAUUUUUAGAAAAAGUACAUAUAUAUAUAUAUCUUCCUCAUGCGUUUGUACGUGAUUCGAUUGCCACCAACUCACCUAACCUGCUGCGUCUUUAAGGAAAUGAUCCAGUUGUGAGCAUGAAGAUGUUUAUAUUCUAUUCAUUUCUUUUCCAAGUGCCAGUUUUUGUUUCUUCGUGGAGUCUUUGGGUGUUUCUUAAUCCGCUCGUGCAGGAAGAUGGCUGGAGACGAGAAGGACAGCGCUGUAAAUUAAAGAUUGGGUCUCACAGUAUAUAUAUAUAUAUUUUUUUUUUACAGUCAAGAUGCAGAAUCGUCGAUGCCAUUGCAGAGAAAUUUAACCCCGGCUGGUUUUCAUGCGUCUCUCACUCAAGGCAAACGGCAUGUGCCUGCGUUCAAGUCCGAGUUGAUUUUUGAUUCCUUUUUUUGUUUUGUUUUGUUUGUGAUGUAUGUGACUUUGUAAAGCUUGCAUAUUUUCCAGUGUUUACAAAGGUGUACGUUGUGGUAAAAGAAAAGAAAAGAAAAAUCAGUGGAGUUUUCAGAAAAGCAUCGUUCCUGUAUGUUAGAACCCAGACUUCUAGAAGAAAAAAGAAAAUGUCAUCAUAACCCCAACAACCCCUCCUGUGUGUCGGCAGACGUGCGUGCUUUCAUCGGACGAAGUCCCGCGUCGACCUUCUCCUCCUUCCUCGAAUGCACUACCGCAACCAAAGGAUCGGGAAUUGUGCUCAUCAUUUCUAAAGUAAUAAAGGGCUCUCGGUUGUGUGAAUGUGCAGCCCGCCCCCAACAGUUGCGCAUUCGCAGAACGCAGAGCCACGCGUCUGUGCCGUGAAAAAUCCACGGACACAAACACACACAAACACGCGGAUUCAAGACAAACCUACCUGUGUAGAUACGACCGAUUCAAGACCGUGAAACUAAAGUAACUGAGUAGCAGAUGUGUUUGUACCUAUCAUGUGCCUUAAUCUUUUCCAUGCUAGAUAAAGAGAACUGUGUUUUAUAUAACUCCCAUUCCACAAAUUCCCUUUCCUUUCCCCAACCCCUAGUGUCAGACUCCUUACCCUCCCUGAUCCCCGCCAUUCAGCUCAUCCAUCCACCCAUCCAUCCAUCUAUCCAACUUCCACCUCAAUGCCCCCCUCCUAAGUAGUUUAGACUGUUGGCGGGUUGCUGCCUUGAUUUACAUUGUAAUAUAAACUUUUAAUGAGGUAGAGAGCAUUUGACAAAAGGGUUUGAUUUCCUAGAGAAGUAAAGCCGUCGGAGCUUUCGUAGUGAGCAGGAGCGAUGCCACAGUGACAGAAUGUAAUAUGUUAAUUUUACUAAUACCCAGAGGCAAAUAUUACGCUUGUUAAACAUAAUGGAAAAAUACUGGUUUGUAGAGUAUAAAUUUGGUGUGUUUUCAAUAAAUCAUGCCUGGAAAUUAA